AUGACAUCCCUGGAAUUGCAACCGUCCUCCUCGAGGGCGGCUGGACACACUGAGCAGGUCGAGCAGUCCGAGAUUUCACAUUACAAGACCGACAUUGAUCUGAUUGAGUCUGCCGGAGCUGACCAGACGGCCACCUUCGAGGAAUCGUUGGCGGCUCGUCUCCCCAAAGCCCACCAGGACUAUCUCCUUGAGCGACAUGGCACACUGAACCUCGAUCCCAUCCCCGGGAUGGGCCCAGCUGACCCUUACAACUGGCCUGAAUGGAAGAAAAUGGCCAAUCUUAUCCUUGUAGCAUUCCACGCCUGCAUGGGCACAUUCAGUGCGGCUGGCAUUAUCCCCGCCUAUGCCGACAUUGCCGCAGAAUUCGACUGCAACUUACAACGGGCGAGUUACCUCACCAGUAUACAAAUUGCCAUUCUGGGUGUUGCUCCCUUUUUCUGGAAGCCGCUGUCCAACCGUUACGGACGCCGGCCCAUCUUCCUCCUCUCCCUCAUCUGCAGUUUGGUGUGUAACAUCGGCUGUGCAAAGAGUACCUCCUAUGCAUCACUUGCAGCAUGUCGGGCCCUGAUGGCCUUUUUCAUCUCACCGGCUGCGGCUCUGGGCAGUGCCAUCGUCAUGGAGACGACCUUUAAGAAGGAUCGUGCAAAGUACAUGGGGGUGUGGACCUUGCUGAUCACCCUGGGUGUCCCAGUUGGCCCGUUCAUCUUUGGCUUCGUGACAUAUCGCGUUGGUUAUCACUGGAUCUACUGGAUCCUGGCUAUGAUCAAUGGUGGCCAAUUCAUCCUAUAUUUGUUCCUGGGACCAGAGACUCGCUACCUUGGUGGCGGUGUCGAUAGUCCAGCUGCCGUCUGGAAGAGGGAGUACAUGUCGAUUCGUCGCAUCGAUCCCACCCCCAUGACAGCGUACGAAUUUGUGCACCCUUUGACCUUGGCCCGCUAUCCCUCCAUCAUGAUUCCUACCUGCGCAUAUGCCAUGGUCUUCUUGUUCGGUAACAUUCUCGCAACUGUCGAGAUACCAACGCUGCUACAGGGCAAAUUCAAUCUGAACGCAGAGCAAUUGGGUCUGCAGUUCCUGGGUGCAAUCAUCGGAUCCGUCAUCGGCGAGCAAAUGGGCGGUCGUAUGUCCGACUUCUGGAUGAGUCGGCGCUCAAUGCGUCUGGGCCGAAAGGCAGAGCCCGAGUUCCGACUGUGGCUCAGCUACUUUGGCUUUGCCUUGACCAUCAUCGGUGUGAUUGUCUUCCUUGUGUGCACGCAAGUGUCCACCUCCGGCCACUGGAAUGUGUCCCCCGUCAUUGGCACGGCCAUCGGUGCGGUCGGCAACCAGCUUGUGACGACCGUCAUGAUGACAUACGCCAUUGACUGCUUCCCCCAUGAGGCUGGCAGCAUUGGUGUGUUCAUCACCUUUGUCCGACAAAUCUGGGGUUUCAUCGGACCUUUCUGGUUCCCUCCUAUGUUCGAAAAUGUCGGGAUCGCCCCGAGUGCAGGCAUUGGGGCGGGACUCGUCUUUAGCUGCAGUGUGAUUCCCACACUCUUCCUCCAAUGGCGAGGUCGGAAAUGGCGUCAACAAAAUAGCGAGUAA